AUGUCGUUCCUCGGUGGCGCAGAAUGCUCUACGGCAGGGAACCCCCUCACACAAUUCACAAAGCAUGUCCAGGAUGAUAAAUCACUACAGCGCGACCGGCUGGUCGGCCGGGGACCAGGCAUGCAAGAAGGCAUGCGCUCACACAACAUGAUGGGAGGACAGGACCAGAUGAUGGACGAAUUCAUGCAACAACCAGGACAACAACUAAACGGACCCUCGCCGCAACCGUUCGCAAUGGAGCACAUGCGUCGUGAGUUGGAUAAUUUCCAGACGCAGCCAGCCCGCACUGGGUCGCCUGGGUGGGCAGGAGAGUUCGACUCGGGCGAGCAAGCGCGCAUGGAAGCCGCAUUUCCGGGCCAAAUGAAUAACGGAUCCGGGUUCAAUCCUGCCGAAUUUGCCCGCUUCCAACAGCAGAGCCGUAUGGGUAUGCCGCAGACGUCGAGCCCCGUUGUCCAGAACGCGUCGCCUAUGAUGUCGGGGUAUCAGCGGUCGAUGGCAAUGGGUGGUUUCAUGGGCGGUAUGGGCAGUAUGGGGAUGAUGCAUCAGCCUAUGAUGGGUGGUAUGGGGAUGCAGCAGGGGCCUAUGGAGGGACAGACACAGGAUAAGGGCAAGGGACGGAUGGUGGAGCUCGACGAUGAGAAUUGGGAGGCGCAGUUUGCUGAGAUGGAGACUGCGACGGUUGGCAACGAGGCCCGGACGGAUGAAGAGGCCAAUGCGGCAAUUGAGGCGGAACUGAAUGAUUUGGACAGGUCAGUGCCCUCCAUUGACGCGUUUGAGUCUGUAUGGCAACGGGUCCAGGCUGAGACCGCAACGAGCAGGAAACUUGCCGAGGAAGAUGACUUUAAAGUCACCGAUAAUUUGCAUGUUGGUGAUCUCGGUGACUGGGAUGGAUUUGAUAGUCUUAACUCUCGCUUCCGGGAUCCCCAGCUUGGCGACUAUAUGUUUGAGGAGGAUAAUGUCUACCAGGCUGUCGGUAAUCCCUUCGAGGAGGGAAUGAAGAUCAUGCGCGAGGGUGGUAAUUUGUCGCUGGCAGCGCUAGCUUUUGAGGCUGCGGUUCAAAAAGACCCGCAACAUGUGCAUGCUUGGACGAUGCUAGGCUCUGCGCAGGCGCAGAACGAGAAGGAGUUGCCCGCUAUUCGUGCAUUGGAACAAGCCCUGAAGGUCGAUCCCGGGAAUUUAGAUGCAUUGAUGGGCUUGGCUGUCUCGUACACAAACGAAGGUUACGACUCAACCGCCUACCGCACACUCGAGCGUUGGCUGUCUCACAAGUACCCAACAAUCAUCGACCCGAAGGAAGUAUCCGGCGACUCAGACCUCGGCUUCACAGACCGACAACUCCUACACGACCGCGUAACAGAACUAUUCAUCCAAGCAGCCCAGCUCUCCCCCUCAGGCGCUCAGAUGGACCCCGACGUACAAGUCGGACUGGGCGUUCUUUUCUACUGCGCCGAAGAAUACGAGAAGGCCGUGGACUGUUUCUCCGCCGCCCUCACCUCCACCGAAACCGGCAGCACCAACCAACAAGAGCAGCUCCACCUCCUCUGGAACCGACUCGGCGCGACCCUCGCUAACUCCGGCCGCUCCGAAGAAGCCAUCGAAGCCUAUGAGCAAGCCCUCAACAUCAACCCCAAUUUCGUGCGUGCCCGCUAUAACCUAGGUGUAUCCUGCAUCAACAUCGGCUGCUAUCCAGAAGCCGCACAGCACCUGCUAGGCGCGCUAUCCAUGCACCGCGUCGUGGAACAGGAGGGCCGCGAGCGUGCACGUGAGAUCAUCAGCGACGGAGUGCAUCCAGAUGGCCUCGACGACGAGCGUCUCGAGCGCAUGCUACAUAUCAGCCAGAAUCAGAGCACGAAUCUGUACGACACGCUGCGUCGUGUGUUCAGCCAGAUGGGUCGUCGGGACUUGGCUGACCAGGUUGUCGCCGGCAUGGACGUGAACAUUUUCCGCAAGGAGUUCGAAUUCUAG